UGACACUUAUGUGUCGUGACCUACAAAAGUUAAUAAACUUGUAUUUCUGUUUAUCUUAUACAAAAUUAACAAAAUUAAGUGCUUACGUAUAGUUAUGAAUAAACUAUAUUUAAGUGAUCGUUAUCUAAAAACAUAAUUGGUCAACAAUGUCUGAAACCGUUGAAAAAGUUGAAUGUGGUGUGGAUGCUCGAAGACGUGUAUUGAAUUUAGCAGUUUCAACAGUACUUCUAGAGACUGGCUUCGAUUCUGCAGAUAAAAUGUCACUGGAGACUUUAACUGAAAUGCUACAAUGUUUUUUUACUGAACUUGGCAACUCAGCAAGAGGAUUUUGUGAACUAUCGGGAAGAGUUGAGCCAGUGCUAAAUGAUAUUGUUAUGGGUUUGAUGAAUAUGGGUAUAAGUAUCCAAGGUAUAGAACAAUAUGCAGCAAGACCUAAUAGACAUGUAAUUCAGCCUCCGCAGCAAGCGACUGCCCCUCGGACACCAGCUAUGCUGUCAGCAGGGGCUAAAGCAAAACCUGCACCACAUAUACCAUUUCAUUUACCACCACUUCCUGACCCUCAUGCAUAUAUUAGAACUCCAACACACAAACAACCAGUAACAGAGUAUGAGGCGAUAAGAGAAAAAGCUGCCACACAAAAGAGGGAUAUUGAAAAAGCACUAACAAAAUUCUUAGCAAAGACAAGUGAAACACAUAAUUUGUUUAACACUGAAGAUAACCAAGUUUAUCCAUUAAUAGCCUGUAAGCCUACAUUUCCCGCUUAUCUCCCUUGUCUACUACCAACUGACCAAGUAUUUGACUUUGAUGAAUUGGAAUACCACUUCCAAGUGGCUAAUAGAACUGAGGAUAUGCCCACAGAGAAAAAAGAUCAAUCAGAUAAUGAAGGUGAUAAUGGAGGUGACAAUGACAAUGCAAAUAAUUCUCAAUCUGAAAACCAGGACAAUGCUGCACCAUCGAGCCCAGAAAGAAGCAAAACUUGAGAAUGGAUGAUCAUAGAUAAAUGUAUUUUACAAAUAAAUGAAACUAAAUUUUUAA